GUUUUGUCUCAGUUAUUAUCGGGAUAAAGGUGAUUGACGGUGAUGGAAUCUCAUCACGUAACGUUUGUCCCAUGAAAGCCAGGCGUCGCCUUUUGACUGGCAGUUGACCAUGUAAAGCCAUUUGAUAUCAACAACCAAGACUUUUCCAAACAAACCCGGGCACGCAACCUUCUUAUUUGCUCUCUCCGCGACACUCCAUUCACCAGAGUUGGAGUCAGCUGUCAUCCUUUGCAGUUGCACAGAUGUUAACACCAGUCAAACAGUGCUCCAACUGCAAACCGACAGUUGACCGAGACUGUCAGCAACUUGCGUCGUCCAAAGAGCGAUUAUUUUCUGUUUCUUGACCUUGAGAACCCAUAGAACAGCCAAAAUGUGCACACACAAAAAGACGAAACACACACAGUGUGUUGUCAGUCGGCCAUCUUGGAUGCAUCCCACAAUGCACUGCAGGUAUAAAUAGACUCAUCUGAGGCCGGAACGUUUUGAUUCAAAUAUGAGCUAUGACGGAAUCGAUGGGAAAAUUAUGAAAACUCAAAGUCGUCCUGUUAAUCAUGUUUGGAAUUGAAAUCACUCCAAUGCAUUUAUGUGGGAGGGUGGCGAAUGAACCUUCCCUCUCACUUCAAAUGGAUAGGACGUAUAUCUCUUUCAAUGGCAGAUCAAGUGAAAUGGCUCAUUUUAAUCCACUUAUCUACCAGCGACUGGUGGGCGGAAUGACUUCUUUGCUUCCAAGAACUCUGGUUACUAUGAAAAUGCAUUUUAAGUGGACACAAAACAGUGUUUCCUCUCCAGAGGACAUGCGAAACAUAUUUCAAUCUAAAUGUGAAAAAACAAAUCCUCAGCUUUCCUCAUUUUGAAUUCAUAACUUCAUUUCAAAUUGAUUUAUAAAAUGUGAUUCUUAGAUUAGUUGUCUUCAUUUUAAACAGUAUGUUGAUGACGGAUUUUAACAUUUUUAUAUUUAAAUGAGGAAGAAUACCGGACUUUGGUCUUUUGAGGAAGGAAAAUAGUUGUUGCUCUCUCUAAUAUAUGGCGCGCGGCUGUGUUCGUUCAUUCCAUAUCUGUUUUAUAAUCUUUCGUUUUAGAAUCCAAAAACGAAAAACGGAUUUGGGGGCUCGUUUUUCGAUUUCCAAAAUUAGAAUGCAAAAUGAACGGCUGAAAGUUACACGGACCUGUGGCCACAAGAGGGCGCUCAAGCAACAUAUCCAUCGCUCGGUAUGAGCAUCCCGGAGCAAAUGCCUUUAUGCUUUGAGCUCCCCUCGUCACCUAAAAAGAAGCCCAAUGUCACCAUUGUUGACUGUGAAGCACUUGGGAAGCGCACUUAUCCGAGCAAAUGGCGUUCCGUAUUCCGCUUCCAGCCGCCGACCUGUCAUGCACCAUCUGUUGCGAGAUCUUCAAGGAGCCGGUGGUCCUCAAGUGCAGCCACAGCUUCUGCGGCCCCUGCCUCAAGCGUCACUGGGCACGGCAGAACCAGACCCGCGAUUGCCCGCUGUGUCGGCGCCCGGCACGAGGGGAGCCGGUGCCCAGUUUGACCAUCAGGAACCUCUGCGAGGCUCUCGUACAGGACGAAGACGACGGGAGUGAUGAUGACGACGGUGAUUUCGACUACAGACCCAGGGAGAUGUGCCUCAUUCACCGCAAGGAGCUCACACUCUUCUGCCGUGUCGACCAGGAGCCCAUUUGCGUAGUUUGCAAAACUUCCAAGAGACACAAACGACACGAAUGUUGCCCUGUCAAGGAGGCCAUGGCCGACCUCAAGGUGAAACUGGAGAUGGAGCGCCGCUCCCUGUGUGAGAAAGUAGCAGCCCUGGACGCCGCCAAGUCCACCCACGCGGACACAGAAGAGCACAUCCAGGUGCAGGCGCGCUUCGUGGAGAAGCGCAUGCGAGAAGAGUUCUCUCGAUUGCGUCGCUUCCUGAUGGCCGAGGAGGAAGCCCGCGUGGCCGUCCUGCGUAAGGAGGUGGAGCAGAAGACCCGGGCGGCGCGCGCCAAGGUGGACGACGUCAACGGCCGCCUCAAGGCGCUCGGCGACGCCGUACGGGCCGUUGAGGAAAAGAUGGCGUCCACCAGCGUCUCCGUCCUCAAGAAAGGAAAGGGUGCAACACCUGGCGCCGACAUUCAACUGGACGGCCGCGCCGCCAUUUCGGGCUGCCUCGUGGACGAGGCCAAAUACUUGGGCUCGCUGAGCUUCCACGUGUGGGAGAAAAUGCGGGACAUUGUCAAGAAGGAUGGCCGCCAGUUACAAGGAAAAGCAGAAUAUGACGACUAUGAUGAGGUAGACUACCUCGAAGAUGAUGACGACGAGGUGGCCAUCUACGGAUCGGAUGCCACCAAGGCCGUCUUCGGAGGCUGUCUGCUGUUUCUCUUUUUCUUCCUUUCUUUUUUUCUUCUCCAAACUUUGUGGCUUCGACAGAACGCCAAGUGAACAUGCGAAUGGUGGCGCAACACGCGCAGACUGAUAUUACACAAUCACAAUUAGCUGGAAGUGAUUAAAAAAACCUUUUGUAAUGAA